UUAAAAAUGUCCGGUAUACCCCCACAACAUCAGGGAUAUCCACAACAACAGGGAUAUCCACAACAACAACAACAACAACAACAACAACAGGGACUGCCCCCCGGGGGACCUCCUCAGCUAACACCAGAGGAGCAGAGUAUUCUGCGUAAAUGCAACUCUGAAUCUUUUUGGUACCGAUCCCUGCCGCUAGGGGCUGUACUUGCUGCCACCACACAUGUUCUCGUGCUAAGGGGUGUACUCAGGCCCCACAUGAGAUUUGGGCCUGCACCAAAGACCUCACUGGCUGCCCUGGUUGGGUAUUUUUUUGGUAAAUUUUCCUACGCUGACGCCUGUGCUGACAAAUUCCUCAUAGAAGCGCCAAGUGGUAAAAUAGCGGAGGCGGUACGGGCUAGAAGAGGAAUGCCUAAACGCGAGCCGGACGAAGUUGAAGAUACAGGUGCCGAAGCUAGUGGUCUAGGUGUCCCCCUGCAGCAGGGUGGGGCUGCCCCUGCUCCUGGCUACGGAUACCAGGGUGAACCUGUGGUAACCCCCGCCACCUCCAUCUCUUCCUACGAGGAGUUGAGGAGAAGAAACAGAGGCGAUCCUCCGGCACCCUACCGUCCGCCCCAACAACAGGAGCUCCCGCCCGUAUAUACUCCGCCAGCAUCUUCCGCCCCACCUGGACUCUAUAAUCCGCCACAACAAUCUAGAAAUAAGAAUAAAUAUGGAGACGAAGGUUUUGAGUAAUGAAUCCUGUCAAAAACUGGAUUUUGUAGUCUAAAUAUUUUAUUCAGCCAUAAAACGAGUAUAUUUUGUUAACGUGUACGAUCGACAGUAGGAGUUGGAAAAAAUACAUUCAGAACAGUUAAUUUAAUAUAUUUACAGAAUAAUAUGUAUUGGUUAAAUUUCUGUGAGCCGCAGUUUUUAUUAUAUAUUUUAAACUUUGCAAAAUUUCAGA